AUGGCGAGGGAAUUGCGAAGCAAGAGGCGAAGGCGAGACCCGAGGGGACGACGGCGGAGAAGGCGGGGGAGGAGAAGCUCGUCCCGACGCAGCAGGAAGGGACUCCGCGCUGGCGACCAGCUCGUGGCCGCGCGUAACGCUGAUGACGACCGUGACGUGUCUGAGGGCGGUGAUGGUGACGAUAAUGGGGGCGGCAGCAGGGCAGGCGGCAGCAGGGCAGGCACGAGGCCGGGCCCACCUGUGGCGCUGAACGUGCGCGACGACCGCAGGGUGGACGAUGCUGCACAUCGCCAGCCACAUGGGCAACGUGCGCAUGGUGCGUGGUGCGGCAGUUACUGGAGGAGGGCACACGUGGCAGUGGACGAGCCAUCGCUGGGCCCGAAGCACGCGAGAGCAAGCUAUCAGUGUUCUCUUAGCACCCGUGCCUCAAAAUCCCAUUUUCUCUUUCUUUCCCUUUCAUCCACCCAGGUGCGGCAGCUACUGGAGGAGGGCAACGUGCGGCAGCUACUGGAGGAGGGCGAUGUGGCGGUGGACGAGCCAUCUCUGGGCCCGAAGCAUGCUAUCCUGGGCGUCCUGGGCUUGAGCAACCUAUCAGUGUCUCUGCACCCGAGCCUCAAACCGCUAUUUUUCCUAUCUUUUUCCCUGUCCUUCCCCAACAUACGCACCCCACCCACCCAGGUGCGGCAGCUACUGGAGGAGGGGGAUGUGGCGGUGGAUGAGCCAUCGCUGGGCCCGAAGUACGCAGGGGCGACGGCGCUGCACCCUGGCAGCAGCAGCGGGGCACAUAGCCGUCAUGGACGCACUGCUGGAGGGCGGCGCCAACAUCGAAGCGCGGCACCCGCGGUGCCUUUGGCUGUCAGUCCCCAUACUCUUGCUGGUGUCU